AUGCCCUUUUCCGACGAGGAGUGGCAGGAGGUGUUGGAGGAGAUGCCGCAUUCCGAAGACGCGGUUAUUCAAAAGUAUCUCAAGGGCCGUGAGGGACUGAUUGCGGAGGAGAAGAAGCAGCGGACAGACUAUGCUUUCCGACAGUCGCUGUCGCCCAUCGCGCGCAAAGCAUGUGCCAUUGUGGAGCGGGUACGGGACGACGAGCGACGCCGAAUCUGGACGACUGGGCUCGAGGAGAAGAUUGCAAGCUCAGGAGGGGCUUCGGGGGGCACGGGCACGACAGUGUACCCGGGCCAGAUGUUCUCGCACGCCAAGGAGCUGAUGGAGACGACGACGCUGUGGCACAUUGUUCAGCGGCUGCCAAAAGGGACGCUGUUGCACGCACACAACGAUGCGAUGGUGGAGUUCAGCUACAUCUUUGGGGUGCUUCUGGACACGCCGGGGAUCCAUAUACGGGGACCAGACGGACCUCUGGCAACGGCUGAGCAGCGGGCCGGACGUGUGGUGCGGUUCCGGUUUCUGCGCCAGGCGCGGCCGCUGGUUGCCGGAUCGAACCCGUCGCCGUGGGAUGCAUCGUACGUGGCGAACACGCCGGUGCUUCUGACAGACGCAGCCGACGCCUUUCCAGACGGCGGGCGAGCAGGAUUUGUGGCGUGGCUCAAGGGGCGCUGCACGCUGUCGCCGGCGGACUCGACGGAGCAGCAUCACGGAGUGGACCACAUCUGGCGACGGUUCCAGGGCUGCUUCGACACGCUGGGGUCAGCGAUCCACUACGAGCCGGUGUGGCGGGCGUUUCUGCGACGGCUGAUGCAGCAGCUGCUAGACGACGGGCUGCGCUGGGCGGAGGUUCGGUACAUGUGGGGAACGGACUACUGCCGUGAGGGCCACGAGGAGCCAGAAACGGACUACCUGCACGUGUUCGGGACGGCGGAGGAGGAGAUUGCGCGGUUCCAGGAGGCAAACCCGGGCUUCUGGGGACUGCGGUUCAUCUGGACGGCAUACCGGCCGCUGCCGACGCGACCGCUGACGGAAAGCAUGGACCACUGCCUGUCGACGAAGCUGGCAUAUCCGGCGCUGAUUGCGGGCUUCGACCUGGUCGGGCAGGAGGACGCGGGACGACCAUUGCGGGAUUGCCUGCCGGAGCUGUUCUGGUUCCGGAAGCAGUGCGCGGCCGAGGGCGUGGAGCUGCCGUUUUUCUUCCAUGCGGGCGAGUGUCUGGGCGACGGCGACGCGACGGACACGAACCUGUUUGACGCGGUGUUGCUGGGGACGCGGCGGAUCGGACACGGGUUCAGCCUGUACAAGCACCCGCUGUUGGUACAGCUGGUGCGCGAGCGACGAAUCCUGCUGGAGGUGUGUCCGAUCAGCAACGAGGUCCUGCGGCUGUGCGGCAGUGUGCUGUCGCACCCGAUGCCAGCGCUGCUAGCUCGCGGUGUGGCCUGCAGUCUCAACAACGACGACCCGGCGAUGCUGGGACAGGACGCGGUCGGGAUGACACACGACUUCUGGCAGGCGCUGCAGGGGUGGCAGAAUCUCGGCCUGGCCGGACUCGGGUCGCUGGCGGAGAACAGCGUGCGAUGGGCAUGUUUUGAGGACCAGACGGCAGAGGCGUGGCAGCGAGACAUCCAAGAUGCCAGUCUGGGGACGGGGGUGAAGGCGAAGCGGCUGCAGGAGUGGCGGGUGGAGUGGGAGCAGUUUUGUUUGUGGGUGGUGACGGAGUAUGGGGAGGAGGGGGGAGAAGAGAAGGAAGAAAGUGGAAGAAAGUGA